AUGCAAACAAUUUUCACCACCAGCGAAUCGGAGCGCCCGCCACGACGUCAGCGCCGUUUCCGCCGCAAACGCCACUCUCCCAUCAUCCGCGACGGGAUCGCGAGCUCCAGCUCGCAGAUGGACUCCGACGCCGCCCUGCCCCGCGUGCCGAUCGGCUACGAGAACGCGCUUCUGAAGCACACGCUGGCCUUGCUGACGAACGGUCUUGUGCCGCCGGGCGCGAUGUUGCUGCCGCAAGCUCCGAUGAACAAAAUGAAUUGGAUGCCGGCGCAGAUGGGCAACGAGAAUAUGGCACCGGGCCCAUCGGAGGGCCCGAACAUGAGGCCGGGACCAUCAGGGUUCGUUCCGAGGCCUAAUGGAAAUCAAAGAAGGGCGGAGAGGCGGAGAAAUGAUGAAGAAGAUAGCAACUACUUCGACUCGGACAACUUGAAUUCAGCGGACGAGCGAGAUCUGGUAAGUGGAAUUUUGUUUGUAAAGUGUUUAUUGGUACUAGUCGCAGAGAAUUUCUCGCGGCCGUCGCGCUCCGAAAAGUUGAUUUGUCGCUGCGAAACACGGGAAUCGCGCGCGACAAUAAGGCAAAACAACAAAAUUGCACUGUGCAAAUGCACUUUUCGGGUUCAUGCACAGUGCAGAGUCGCCGAAAAUUCCCAGGACUUUUUUCCGCGACUAGUAUUUUCACAAAGUUCAUGGACAUUUGUUGCGGUACGCACCGUGCACAGAAACUCCCCAUUUUUUGCACCGUGCGUUGGCGACAAGCGUGGGAAAAAGUUCAAGGUGCACUGUGCAAACGGCUUUUUGGUUUUCGCACUGUGCGGUAUGAAAAGGAAUAAUGCACCGUGCGUUGGCGACAAGCAUGGAAAAAGUUCAAAAAUGCACUGUGCGUUGGCGACAAGCGUGGAAAAAAGUUCAAAAAUGCACUGUGCGUUGGCGAAAAGCGUGGGAAAAAACUUCAAGGUGCACUGUGCAAACGGCUUUUUUGAAAUUUGCACUGUGCGGUAUGAAAAGGAAAAAUGCACUGCGCGUUGGCGAGAAGCGUAGGAAAAAGUUCAAAAUGCACUGUGCGUUGGCGAGAAGCGUGGGAAAAAGUUCAAAAUGCACUGUGCAAACGGCUUUUUUGAAAUUUGCACUGUGCGGUAUGAAAAGGAAAAUUGCACCGUGCGUUGGCGACAAGCGUGGGAAAAAGUUCAAUAUGCACUGUGCGAACGCGAAAAAAAUGUCCAUGAACUUUAUGAAAAUAAAUAUUAUUAAGACGAUUAUUUCACAACAAAUAUAACGUGUUUCCAGGCCGAAGAAGAAGAACGGAGAGCCCAAAUACAUCAGCAAAUCCCUGCAAUGGAAGCCGGCCCGAGCCAGGUUGAGUCUUCUACCGAAAAUGACUCAAAUGACGGUAGCAAUGACUUCAACUCCGACGAACUGAAUUCGAAUGACGAACGGGACCUGGUAAGGAGAAUUUCAAAAUUUUUCAAAAAUUUAAAAGAAAUCUUCACAGUAAAUAUAACCAUUUUUCAGAUGGAAGAAGCACAACGAAGAGCCCAGAUUCAUAAGCAAUGUGCCCAGCGAUAG